AUGGGAAAAAUUAUAAUUGAAUACCUUGAAGGCUAGAAAAUAUAUGCAUGUAAGAAAUGUAAUGUUCAUGUUACAAACUAAGAUUAUUUAAUAUCUAAAGUAAAUCAAUUAAUUAAAUAUAAGUAAUUCACAGGAUAAUCAGGAACAGCAUUUCUAUUUGAUAAAGGGUAAUAAUAAUAAUAAUAAUAAAAAAGUGUAAAUUAUUUAACAGGAAUACCAGAAGAUAAAAGGUUAAGAACUGGUUUACAUACCACUUAAGACAUAAUGUGCAUUAAAUGUUAAACAUAUCUUGGAUGGAAAUAUGUAAUGCCAUGAAUUACAAUAUUAAAGCUUCGUGCUUAUGAGUAAUCUGAGAAAUAC